AUGAUUCGACCACUUAUCCUACUAACUUCUCUUUUACUUGGAGUAACGAACGCGGCGAUUCAAUGUAAGGAUAACAACGGGAAUAAUGUGGAUUGGUUUGUUUUCUACAAACUCCCACAUCUUUGGGAUCACCCAACCAACUUCCCGAUUUCCAAUGGAACCGGAUUCAUGUAUUUUGAUGUGAACAACAAGAACUGGAAGUUGAUGCCUCAAGGAAUGGACGUGCAGAACAACGCGAUAUACUACACUCUUCAACAGUAUUACACAUCGAAUAAAACAAAAACUUUCCAGUAUUUAUACAAUGACGAAUGGCCAGAUAGUACCACCUGGAGUAAUAGUUCUGGACACGCCAAAGGUGUUACUGUAUUCGAUCAGUACACUGGAUUCUGGAUGCUUCAUAGUAUUCCAAAGUUUCCAAGCAUCAAUCAGUUCAAUUUCCCAUCAAAUGCUCAUUGGUAUGGACAAAUGGGAAUUUGUGUAUCUUUGAAUUAUGCGUCGUUGUCUGACGUUGCCAAUCAAUUGUUCUACUACAACACAUUCACCUAUGUAUUCAACUUGCCACAAACUUUUGCCGCCGAUUUUCCAGUUUUGAGUCAAUUGCAAAAUGGACUUUAUAAUAAGAAUCCUCCACUCACCUCGAUUCGUGUUAUCAAAUCACUCGGUGGUCAAAACUUCAAGCACUUUGCCAAGACUGGAGAAUGGGGAAAAGAUCUCUACAACGAUCUCGUUGGACCUGAACUUAAAUCUUCUAUCAAAGUUGAAACAUGGAAUCAUCAAAGUGGAGACGAAGUCAACCUUCCAUCCAUGUGCGAUCCAAAUCAUCAGCAAUCGACAAUGAGUGCAAAGUACAUUCGUUUGCCGUUUGGAGUCAAUUACACAAGUUAUGAGGAUCAUUCGAAAUUUGUGGUUGCGUACAGUGAGAACCCAUCAAAGCCAUCGUUCCCAUACGUUUGUAUCGGAGAUAUUAAUAGACAGACGCAUCAACUUCACCGUGGUGGUGGCACAAUGUGCAUUUACGACCAGGACACCUAUCAACAAUACGCCAACGUUAUCGCCGAAGUCGUUCCUUGUAGCAGGGCUACUGUAGAAAAGGUAGAUGCAUCGAAGACGAACAGAUACUCAAGACACGUGUAUGAUAAUUGA